AUGCAGAAGGACACGCGAACGACUGCGCACGGCAGGAUUCAGAAGGAUCUGCGUGAAGUAAAUGACAAGCUAAAUCCUGAUAGUCCUCCGAUUUUUGCUCUGCCUGUUGGCGAUUCGCUGGACCAUGUUGAUGCGCUCAUCAUGGGACCGCCCGAGACGCCGUACUCGUUCGGCUUCUUUAGAUUUGACAUGCAGUUCCCUUCCACCUACCCCAACACGCCGCCCAAGGUCCUCAUGUACGAGCUGCACCUGCUCUACGCAGCCAUCUUUGCGCGCACUCAUCCCUUUCACAGGAGCUAUGGCCUCACCACCUUCAUCCGCGCAGUGUGCCUUAGCAUCCUGGGCACCUGGUCAGGCGAGUCCGAGGACGAGUGGCGGUCCUCGUACUCCAUCAACUACGUACUGAGCGCCAUCCAGAGCCUGAUCAUGACGGCCAAGCCUUAUCACAACGAACCUGGCUACGAAGAGGGAGGAGAGCAUGACAACCCUGAGGAGAUCAACGCUUACUCGGACAAGAUCACCCACGAGGUGAUGCGAAUUGCCGUCUGCGGCAUGGUGGAGGACGCCAUCCUCGGCAGGAACGAACCCUGGAAUGAGCUGAUCAAGCACCAGUUCCUGCUUUGGUUCGACAACUACCUCAGCACCGCAGAGCGGGAGCUUGCUCGAGGGCUCGAGGGCCAAGAGUUCCGCCCUAUGCCCUUUGAGUUUGACGGCAACACCGCUGCGGGCAAGUACAACUACACCAACAUCAUCGCGCGGCUCAAGGAUCUCAAAUCCAGGAUCGAUCGAGAGACCGAGGAAUGGAAGGAAAAGGGCAAAGUCUUCACCAAGAAGGAGACUGGCUGGAAGUACUAUCAGCUCAUGGAAGAGGCCGAGAAGUUCAAAUCGGGCAAGGUGACGCUCGAGGGCGUGAGCGCUGCACCCGUGGAAGAUGACAACCUCUACCACUGGCAGGCCUCCAUCUUCGGUCCCGACGGCUCUCCAUGGGAAGGCGGCUUCUACAACGUGGACAUCAUCUUCAGCGAAGAUGAAGCCCCACCUCGCGUCCGCUUCAUCACUGAGAUGUUCCACCCUCAUGUGACGAGCGACGGCAUCCCGUUCUACCUGGUCGCACCGGCCAGACGAGGCCUGGUAGCGACCAUUCUCACGGCCAUCAUCAAGCUGCUCAAGGCCAAUCCCAACCCAAGCCCUGCCACGUGGGCCAACGUCCAAGCGGCCAAGAUGUACUUCUCCAACGACGAUGAGGUCAAGAAGGAGUACCGGAAGAAGGUCGCUCGCCUCGUCAGGAAGAGUGUCGAGGGUGACGAAUAA